CGCCCCUGGGCGUGCCGCAAGGAAGCGACCGAGCUGGGUGACAACCCCUGAGAGGAGAGCGCUGAUACCUGCACACAGUGGGCACCAUCAUGCCACCGCCACUGCCUGUGUGAGCGCUAUGAUGAAGAAGAGGCGGCCGCGGAGGCUGUGGCUGCUGCUGCUGCUGCUCUACGCGGCGUUCAUGCUGCUGCUGCUCUCCCUCAUCUUACAUGAUGGUUGGUGGUCUACCAAGAAGAGCCGACCCGGGCAGGAGUAUGACAACGGCUGGGCAUCUCGCCGGCUCUGCCCGUCACUGGACACGUCUGUGUGGGAGGAGGAGGUACAGGAGGGUGCGGAGCUGUCCCCGCAGCCCAGGACACACGUGUAUCUUCAUGCUACCUGGCGGAGCGGCUCGUCCUUCCUGGGGGAACUCUUCAACCAGCACCCGGGGGUCUUCUACCUGUACGAGCCAGCCUGGCACAUGUGGCAGUCGCUGUACCCGGGGGACGCGGAGAGCCUGCAGGGGGCGCUGCGGGACUUGCUCCGCUCUCUGUUCCGCUGUGAUUUCUCCGCCUUGCGGCUGUACGCGGGGGACAACCUGACCACCGCGGGGCUCUUCGGCUGGAAGAAUAACAAAGUCAUCUGCAGCGCCCCCUUGUGUUCCGCAGGGCACGACUCGGCCUCUACCGCGGGAGGAGCCCGGGACAGGGUAGGUCUGAUUAAGCCUGGGGACUGCCAACAGCGUUGUCCGGCCCGGCCCCUGCGGGACCUAGAGGAGGAGUGCCGGCGCUACCCAGUGGUGGUGAUUAAAGACGUCAGGUUAAUGGAGGUGUCAGCUCUGCUGCCGCUGCUGCGGGAUCCGGGACUUAACCUGAGGAUAGUGCAGCUCUUCCGGGACCCCCGAGCCAUGCAGAACUCCCGGCUGCGUUCCAAACGCUCCUUGCUGCGGGAGAGCCUACAGGUGCUGCGGAGCCGGCUGCGGGGCGGGGACCCGGCCAGCAGAGCGCAACAACAGCAGCAGCUGCACCGCGGGGGAACGGACUACCUGCUGAGUGGCUCUCUGGAGGUGAUCUGCCAGGGCUGGCUGAGGGAUCUUCUCCUGGUGAGGGCGCAUAGCACAUCCUGGCUACGCCAGCGCUACCUCAAGGUUCGCUAUGAAGACUUGGUACUCUCCCCUCGUAAGGAACUGGGUCGCCUUCUGCGCUUCACCGGGCUGCCAGCUGUGCCCGAGCUAGAUGACUUUGUGAUGAACAUGACGCAGGGACCCAGCUACUCCUCGGAUCAACCCUUCCUGGUGUCUGCCCGCAAUGCUAGGGAGGCUGUGAAUGCCUGGAGGGAGAGGCUGAGCAGAGAACAGGUUCGCAGGGUUGAGGAGGCAUGUGGGGAGGCCAUGCAGAUCCUUGCCUACAAAGCGGAGGCAGAUGACACAGCUACCUGAGCCUCUGACCUCCCCAUC